AUGUGCCAUCCUGACACUUUUACUUCUGAUAAGCUCCGAUGUGUGUUUAAUGAAUACAAAGCUGUGGUCUGGGUGCCGCCUCGGCUGCGGCCGCUCUCCUGCGCUCCUUUGCCAGAAGAUCGUACUGAGAAGCACUCCACAAUGCCAGACUCACCAGUGGAUGUGAAGACACAAUCUAGGCUGACUCCUCCAACGAUGCCACCGCCCCCAACAACUCAAGGAGCUCCAAGAACCAGUUCAUUUACACCCACAACGUUAACUAAUGGCACGAGCCAUUCACCUACAGCCUUGAAUGGCGCCCCCUCGCCGCCCAAUGGCUUUAGCAACGGGCCUUCCUCUUCUUCCUCCUCUUCUCUGGCUAAUCAACAGCUGCCCCCAGCCUGUGGCGCCAGGCAACUCAGUAAGCUGAAACGGUUCCUUACUACCCUGCAGCAGUUUGGCAAUGACAUUUCACCAGAGAUAGGAGAGAGAGUCCGCACCCUUGUACUAGGACUGGUGAACUCUACUUUGACAAUUGAAGAAUUUCAUUCCAAACUGCAAGAAGCUACUAACUUCCCACUGCGACCUUUUGUCAUCCCAUUUUUGAAGGCCAAUUUACCCCUGCUGCAGCGUGAGCUCCUCCACUGCGCAAGACUGGCCAAACAGAACCCUGCCCAGUACCUCGCCCAGCAUGAACAGCUGCUUCUGGAUGCCAGCACCACCUCACCUGUUGACUCCUCAGAGCUGCUUCUCGAUGUGAACGAAAACGGGAAGAGGCGAACUCCAGACAGAACCAAAGAAAAUGGCUUUGACAGAGAGCCUUUGCACUCAGAACAUCCAAGCAAGCGACCAUGCACUAUUAGCCCAGGCCAGCGGUACAGUCCAAAUAACGGCUUAUCCUACCAGCCCAAUGGCCUGCCUCACCCCACCCCACCUCCACCUCAGCAUUACCGUUUGGAUGAUAUGGCCAUCGCCCACCACUACAGGGACUCUUACCGACACCCCAGCCACAGGGACCUCAGGGACAGAAACAGACCUAUGGGGUUGCAUGGCACACGUCAAGAAGAAAUGAUUGACCACAGACUAACAGACAGAGAAUGGGCAGAAGAAUGGAAACAUCUUGACCAUCUGUUAAACUGCAUAAUGGACAUGGUAGAAAAAACCAGACGGUCUCUCACUGUACUAAGGCGGUGUCAGGAAGCAGACCGUGAGGAACUGAAUUACUGGAUCCGGCGGUACAGUGAUGCAGAGGACUUGAAAAAGGGCGGCAGCAGUAGCAGCAGCCACUCCAGGCAGCAGAGUCCCGUCAACCCAGACCCCGUUGCAUUAGACGCACAUCGGGAAUUCCUUCACAGGCCUGCUUCUGGAUAUGUGCCAGAGGAGAUCUGGAAGAAAGCUGAGGAGGCCGUCAAUGAGGUGAAGCGCCAGGCGAUGACUGAGCUGCAGAAGGCUGUGUCCGAGGCGGAGCGGAAAGCCCACGACAUGAUCACGACAGAGCGAGCCAAGAUGGAACGCACAGUCGCCGAGGCCAAACGGCAGGCGGCGGAGGACGCCCUCGCGGUUAUCAAUCAGCAGGAGGAUUCGAGUGAGAGUUGCUGGAAUUGUGGCCGUAAAGCAAGUGAAACCUGCAGUGGCUGUAACACUGCCCGAUACUGUGGCUCAUUUUGCCAGCACAAAGACUGGGAGAAGCACCACCACAUCUGUGGACAGACCCUGCAGGCCCAGCAGCAGGGAGACACGCCCGCUGUCAGCUCCUCCGUCACACCCAACAGUGGGGCUGGGAGCCCGAUGGACACACCACCAGCAGCCACUCCGAGGUCGACCACCCCAGGGACCCCUUCCACCAUAGAGACAACCCCUCGCUAGACGUGAACUCAGAACUGUCGGAGGAAAGACAACAAAACCAACACGAAACCAAUUCCUCAUCCUCAGAUGCUCAAAGUUGUUUUUUUGUUUGUUUAUAAACGAACUAUCAUUAUUUCAGUACUUCAGCAAGAGAGGACUUACUGUAUCUUGAGGUGGUAGUAAAAUACAGAGGGCCAGUAACGGGUCGUAAUGACUUAUUGUGGAUAACAAAGAUAUCUUUUCUUUAGAGAACUGAAAAGAGAGCAGAGAAUAUAACAUGAAAUGAUAGAUUUGACCUCCUCCCUGUUAUUUUCUAGUAGCUGGGAUUUUAAACUAGAUGACCUCAUUAACCGAUGCUUUACCAAACAGCAAACCAAGAGAUUGCUAAUUGCUGUUGAAAGCAAAAAUGCUAAUAUUAAAAGUCACAAUGUUCUUUAUAUACUAUAAUGGAA